UUAAAAAAAUGAUCAAUCAGCACCUACAUCCCCACAAGUUGUUCGGGAGGGUUUCAAGAAAAAUCUUCUGCUCUCAUCCAGAAACAAUCUCCAGCACAUUCAGUUACUGGAACUUAAACGGGACCGGCUUCUAUGGUCAGAUGAAACUAAAAAAGUUUUUAAAAAGUACCCCAUGUCCAUGGUUAAACAUACUGCUGGAUAUCAUGGAUUCUAUCAAAUACCAACAGAAAAAAUCAAAACCUGACUGCUUCUGCUAGAAAUCUUAUAAUAGGCGUGGUUGGAUCACACUGUAAAAAAAUCCUGUAAAAUUUACAGGAAUAAAAAAAGAAAAAAAUACAGCCAUUUUCAGUGUAUUUUUACAAAAAUAAAAACUGUUGUUUUUACAGAAAAAGUCUGGCAGCUGUUGUUGCCAAAAUAAUUUUGUAAAAAUUACAGUCACUAUAAAAAAAAUCCUGUAAAAUUUACAGUGAUUUACUGUAAACAAACAAACAAAUAAACAAACAAACAGACAUUUUAAGUGUAAUUUACAAAAAAAUCUGGUUGUUUUUACAGAAAAAAUCUGGCAGCCAAAAUACUUUUGUAAAAUUACAGUCAUUGUAAAAAAAAUCCUGUAAAAUUUACAUUGAUUUACUGUAAAACAAACAAACAAACAAACAGACAGACAGACAUUUUAAGUGUAAUUUACAAUAAAAUCCUGUUGUUUUUACAGAAAACAUCUGGCAGCCAAAAUACUUUUGUAAAAUUACAGUCAUUGUAAAAAAAAUCCUGUAAAAUUUACAUUGAUUUACUGUAAAACAAACAAACAGACAGACAGACAUUUUAAGUGUAAUUUACAAUAAAAUCCUGUUGUUUUUACAGAAAACAUCUGGCAGCUGUUGUUGCCAAAAUACUUUUGUAAAAAUUAUAGUCACUGUGAAAAAAUCCUGUAAAAUUUACAGUGAUUUACUGUAUAUAAAAAAAAAAAAAAAAAAAAAUACAGGCAUUUUAAGUGUGUUUUUACAAAAAUAUCCUGUUGUUUUUAAGAAAAAAAUCCAUCAGCUGUGGAUGCCAGAAUAAAUUUGUAAAAAUGACAUCCAACGAACAUCAAAAUCAACACAAAAAUGUGUCACUGAGCACAAAAUGAAGCUUCUGCCAUGACCGUCCCAGUCCCCUGACCUGAUCCCUAAAGAAAACGAGUGGAGUGACCUGAAGAGAAGAAGCACCAACACGGAUCUGGGGAGAUUCUGCAUGAAGGAAUGAUCUCUGAUCUCUCAGGUGUUCUCCAAACUCAUCAGGCAUUAUAGAAGACGACUCAGAGCUGUUAUCUUGGCAAAAGGAGGUUGAAAAACUUUCAGUUGUUUUACUUCAAUGAAAGAUUCGAUUUUUCAUAUUUUACUAAGAGUGGCAAUAAUUCUGACCAUGACUGCAUGUUAGUCUUAUAAUGCGAUUUCAGAUCAAAGCUUUUGAAAAUGCAUGAGCGGAGAAAGUGUUAAACGUGUUGUGAUGUGUUCUUAAUUAACUGCGUGUCUGACAACUACAUCAUUCGAUAGGGACUUGCUUUUACGAGUGUUUUUCAUUUAAAGAUUUUAGUUUGGUCAUUCUGUAAAUUCUUAGUAUGAGGCAAACUUUAACCACUUAUUUAGAAAUUUUAUACAUAUCACUUGAUAUAGUAAAUGUUGCAUUUAAGGUGUGUUGGAAUGUUUCGCUGGAGAUAAAAGCUAAAGUAGGAACUUUGAAACAAGAGUUGUGCUUGUAAACACUGGCAUACGCCUGUUUGGUAUGUAAACACAGAGAAAGAAACUAUUUCCGUACAAAUACAGCAUACACAUCCACCAAACUAGUAAAACAACAUACAGUAUAUUCUGAUAAAUGAAGCUAGACAGGUAAACAGAGUGCCUUUCUUUUAAAAAUGCAAAACAAAAUCAAAACAUUUCCAAUACGACUCAUUUCCAGAUCUGAUAACAGAAUCUUAAGAACUAGUCUGAUCAAUUAGCAGUCAGCCAAGGGUUGCUUUUUGGAUUCUUGUAAGACUAGUUUUUUCUUUUGCAAGUGGUCUCAUUUGUCUUUUAAUUCCAUUUUAAGGGAUCCAAGAGAGUUGGGAAGAGUGUUUAAAAUGAUGAAGCGAGUGACACAAAAGUUGUUUUUGGGAACUUUUGUGAUUUGCAUCAUGGGUUUCUACUAUUUUAUUGCUCCAUACCUCCUGACCACACACAGUGUUCUUCUGGCUCCAUGUGCACCAAACAUUCAAGUGUGGAACAAGAGCAUCAGAGAAGAUGUGGCCUGUACGCCUAAAGUCGACCUGAUGUUCAUGAAGACCCAUAAGACGGCCAGCAGCACUUUGAUGAACAUUCUCCUCCGCUUUGGAGAAAAGCAUCAGUUGAAGUUCGCUCUCCCAGACGGCUGUAAUGACUUUUCCUACCCGUCUAGUUUCUUUCGAACUCAAGUGAAGAGCUACCAGCCAGGCUCGUGCUAUAACAUCGUGUGCAAUCACAUGCGAUUCAACGCACCCGAAGUGAAGAAGCUUCUCCCAGCGGACGCCUUCUUCUUCACCAUCUUACGAGAUCCCGCAGAGCUCUUUGAUUCAAUGUUUCACUACUACAAAGGUUACAUACCCCAAACAUGGAGAAUCCCUGGAGAAAACCAACUUAAAGAGUUUCUCGCCCACCCAAACCACUACUUCAACCCAAAGGGAAUCAACGCCUUUUACCUCAGGAACCUACAGUUUUUUGACUUUGGCUUUGAGAACAAUUUGGAGGCUGGAGAUCCAAGAGUUCAACAGGGCAUUGAAUACGUCGAAAAGCACUUUCAACUUGUUUUAAUAUCAGACUACUUUGAUGAGUCGCUCAUUCUGCUGAAAGACGCUCUAUGCUGGCAGAUGGAUGACUUGCUGUUUUUUAAGCUAAACGCUCGAAAUGCCACGACUCUCAUGAGCCCGGAGCUGAAGACUCAAGCUCGGCAAUGGAACGACGCCGACUGGCAGCUCUAUCGGCAUUUUAACGCCACUUUCUGGGCCCGUGUGGAGGCCUACGGUCGGACCCGAAUGGAGGAGCAUGUGAGGGAGCUGCGCAGGAGAAACGCAGAGAUGGAGGCCAUCUGCAUUGACGGCAGGGGAGCCGUGGAGGCUAAGGACAUCACAGACAGACACAUGAAGCCCUGGCAGCCCAUUGGAAAAGCUUCCAUAUUAGGCUACAACCUGAGGACCGAUAUUGACCAACAGUACCAAGAGCUCUGCAGGAAAAUGCUGACACCUGAGAUCCAGUAUUUGACUAAUUUAGGAGUCAAUUUAUGGAUCACUAGAUUGUGGGGCUGGUUUAAGGAUAGUAUUGUGCAGUUUGUUUAAAUGCUUCAUAUGGAUUUUUAGAUUCAUACAAAAUUAAUAGCUAUUUAUGUUUCAUUUUUAAUGCUCACUGUUUCAUAUUCAGUAAGGCCGUGUGUCCACCAAAGCAUUUUUAGCCAGCUAAAAAAUGCUAGCUGUGGUCAAGAUGCUUUGCUUGCUAUGAUACGGAAUAUCCGCGGAAGUGUUAGGGGCUGUUCACACAGAAUGCGUUUUUCUAUUCCAAUGCAAAACUUUUCCAUUGUUUUUCUAUGUAAACACGCGCUAGAAGGACGUGUAUGACUGUUACGCUCGCGUCACACGUGUUUUACAGCGCCUCGCACACGAGCGUCACGUUUUUUAAGACGGCGUGUCAAGUUAAAAUAAUUUCAACUUUUACACGCAGCGCCGCUCAUCAUUAUCAUUUCCAAAACAGUGGACCUCGGAGAACUCGGAGGCGGGGCAAGCACUGCAAGCUUUUGUUUACAAUAGCAAGUUGGCAUGGCAACUGUUUUAUUUAUUCGUUAUUGCCAUUAUCGAAUCACGUCUCAAAAGAGUGUCUCGAGACUCUCGCGUUCUGCCCUGCACUUUUUAAAAAACCAUUCCUGAGCACUGCGUCUCGCGUUUUUAAAAAAACACUGAGUGCUCAAAUAGACGCUCAGUGCCUUAUUAAGCUCCUGCCGUUUAAUAAAUGUGGCGUUCCCAUUGAAAACAAUUGGAAAAAUAUGCUAGCAGCGGGGAAAAAUGCUUUGGUGGACACGCAGCCUAAGUGUUAAUUUGUUGGUCAUUUUAUUUUUAAAUUAGGCUAUUAUUUUAGUUAUUUUUUUUUAAAUAUACUAAAAGCUACGAGUAAUAUAUAACAAAAAAUUGUGACUGAUUUGUGUGGUCACAUGUACUGUUGUUCGGCGAAUUUUUGCAGGUGAAAAUUCGUUUCAAUCAGUGUUGGGUAAGUUACUCUAAAAAGUAAUUAAUUACUAGCUAAUUACAUCUUCAACAGUGUAAUUAGAUUACUGCAGUAAUUACACCGUGUCUACACCGGACGCGAGCGGCGAUAUGCGACACAACAAAAGACAAUAAACUCAUUAUAAUCAGUGAUGUUGUCUACACUGAAUGCAGCGCGACGCAAGCGACAAAUCUCCGACAGUAAACUGAUGUCUCGUUCUAUUUAUACAUAUUACUGACACAAAGGACAAAUGUUUUGCAACAGGCGCUUUGUCGCGUCCAGUGUAGAUAGCCAUUAGCUGUUGCAACGCGGUCGCGUCCGGGGUAGACACGGUGUUACUCUCUCUCUCUAAAAAGUAUUGUAUUACUUAUUGCAUUCUAAAUCCCAUUUUAACCUCAAGCAGUUGAACAAUACAAGGAUAGACAUGAAACAGAUCUUUUAAUUCUUUCAGAUAAAUAAUAUAAAAUUAAAUAAAUUAUUUUUGAAUUAAUCAAAUUAUUUAAAGGGAGAAUGUUACAUUAAAAACAUACAUUUUUACAUUAGACGUGAAAUUUUAAUUUUUUAUAUAUAUAUAGUUGUUCUAUAGUCUACUCUAUACAGUAUUUAAUGCACCUUUAACCCGCGGGAAAAAUAAUCAACCCGCGGGAACAAUUUAAAAGUAGCGAACUUGACAACACUGAUUUUGAGCCGAUUUCAGAUCAUUGUUUUCAUUUGUCACGCGUCACCUAGCAACCAGGCGCGUGUCAGUUUGGACAGGUGUCGUGCACGCUCAACGGUUUUCUCAUCAUCAUGAAGCUCAACUUACAAGUCGAGAGCUUUAGUUAAUUUUGAUUAACUAAAUAUACCCGAGAAGUGUUGUCAUGGCAUUGUGUUGAAUUAGUAUUGCUGUCUAGCACAGUGCAGUUUCACAUUAUUAUUGCACAAUAUGAUAUUUUUACUUAGGCCUACUUACUGAACACACCUCAUUUGAUGACUGUUGAGUAUUAAAGAUUUACCUUUCAUUUCAGUACGUAUUUGUUUCCACCUUGACUCUCCUUUCUAUUAUAAAGUGUGCUGCUUUAAUAAACCAAUACAAAUAAGCUGUCGUCUCAUAAUUAAUUCACCAUUUUAGAGAAAUGUGAGACUCUUCAUUUGGGGGCACAAUAUUUUGUUUCACAAUUUUAAAAGUUUAACUGCCAGUUCGUUUAACUGUCAGUUUCAAAACAACGAGUGACGCUCAACGGACUUUUCAGGCGUUCGCCAAUCGAUUUCAAGCACAUGUUCAUUGCUGGGCUCUCAUUGGACAGCAGCGCGUCCUCUAUUCCCAAAUAGGCGGGGCUUACAGGCUCGUCCAUUUCCCCUUAACUUGGUCUAAAUAAUAAUGCUCCUAUUUUAACAUUUCACUGAUUAUUUUUUUUUAUUAAAUAAUCGCUACUAAAGUUGAGCAACAUCAUUAUUUAUAUCUAAAUUAUGUCCAGGAUUGAUGAUUCACUGCUGCUGAAGAGAAGGCGUGGUCAGGUAGUAUCUGUUACUUUUCACCGCGAUGAUAAAGAUGGACCAAUCACAUCCGUUCUUGAAUAUAUUUACAUUAUGUUUUAUAGAACUUGCACACGCGGAUUUCAUUUGUCUUCCGAGGCGUAUAUAUCAUAUCAACAUGUAGAUUUAAAAGAUUAUCCUCUCUAGAGAUAAAAAUCCCUCAACAAUACAAAAAUCGCCUAAAGAUUUGAAUGCGUCUCAAUGAGAGAUUCGGAGCUCUGGGCCACCAAGCGCCCACAACAAGAUCCUUUGUGUCUCAUCAUCGGACAACAUUAACCGCCCAAUGCCGCUGCCGCACGCACGCAGAGGGGGCGGAGACUCCCAGACUCCGCCCAACGCCGGUUAAUCGACGGUCCGUCUGAACCGAACUGCAGUGCAGAGCCGGAAUGGGGGGCUUGGCCCCGGUCCAGCACGGUCAAAAUUAGCUCUCUGUUGAAAUAAAUGCAGUCAGCCAGUGGAAGCGGCUGAGUUCCUGACGCCCUAGUCCUUGCAGCCUUGUAUGGGGUGACAGAGCCCCGCAAGGCUGCUGCUCGGGUCUGCUUUCGUCCGCAAACGUCUUUUCCAGCAGCAACUUUACAGUGAAAGGACGAGAACAAAGGCUUUAUCUGUUCUUUCUUCAGAAAUGACACCAACAGGAGCAAUGGGGGAUCCCCAUAGAGCUGACAGCUGUGUUCCUGAACCUGGUGGCGGGGAGAGGAACUACCCCGAAAGAUCGACAUUCCAUCUGUCUGACGUGGGAUAGAGAACGGCCCUCUGGGGAGAUUGUAUCCUCAUGUAUAUUAUUUUUUAUUUCCUAAAUCAUGUAUAUCCUUAUUUUCUAUGGUUAUGGCGUGCGGUACAGAUGAAUUAUGACGCUGGGGCUCUUCCCCCAUCUAUGUGAUUAAUAACAUUUUAGAAAAACCUGGGACUCUAAGCCUUGAUGAUAUGCUCUUCGGAGGGGGCGGCAGUAAAGACACACAGCACCUCAAGACAGACUGGAGCUUCACUAAAGACCCACAUGUCUGUGUUUGCAAACUCCACAGGGGCCCUCGGGGGUCCGGGACCCUGGCGGCGGCGGCAGCAGCAUGUCUUCCACUUGUCCACUUCUACUUUGCACGGCUGGACUCUUUCAUACCUCUGUGAAUUCCUGUGAACAAGAAAAAACCCACCAAGAAAUGUUAACAGUGUUCUUAAUUGACUUGCAACAAUGCUGGAAUGUGACAAACACUAGCGGUCGACCAAUAUGUGUUUUUAAAGACCGAUACCAAUGUCAGGGUUCUAUGGAAGCUUGUUUCCGCCACUAAAUAACAUUUUUUAAAACUUUAAAAAUUAAAAUUAAACUUUUUAUCUCACAACUCUGAUUUCUUUUCUCAGAAUUGCAAGAUAUAAACUCAAAAUGGCAAGAUAUGUCAGAAUUGAGUGAUAUAUAAACUCACAAUAACAAGAAAUAAAGUCAGAAGUGUGAAUUAUAAACUUAGAAUUUAGCCUUUUAAAUUUGCAAUUGCGUGUAAUAAAGUCAGAAUUGCGAGUUUCAGAAUUGAGAAUCUCCCAAUUCUGACUUUAUAACUCGAAAUUGCAAGUUUAUAUCAUGCAAUUUAGAAAAAAAUGUCAGAAUUGCGAAAUGUAAACUCCCAAUUGCGAGAAAAAGUCAAUUGCGAUAUAAACUUGACUUUUUUGAUGUCUCGGAAUUGUGAGAUAUAAACUUGCAAUUGCGAGUUAUAAUGUCAGAAUUGCAUGAUAAACUCAAUAUUAUGAGAAAUAAAGUCAGAAUUGUUGUAAACUCACAAUUGCGUGUUAUAAAGUCAGAAUUGCGAGAGAAAAAAUCAGAAUUGCGAAUUUCAGAAUUGCGAGUUUAUAUCAUGCAAUUCUGAGAAAAAAGUCAGAAGUGUGAGAUAAAAAGUUGCAAUUACCUUUUAUCUUUAUUCGGUGGUGGAAACAAGCUUCCAUAGGGUUCCCAUAGAAAUAUCAGUGAAUUCUAAAUGUGAUCUGGAAAAUCAUGAAAAUUAGUAAAUUCGUUUUUUCUUUUUUUGAGUAUGUGCUGCUUAUUUAAUCAUCAAAAUAUGUUCCACAAUGUGAUUUUUUUUUUUUUUUAAUUGACGAAUGGCACUAAAGUAAUGCAACAUUAUUACUUAAUUUCUGUGGGAACCCUGCAGUAUCUAUAAUAAAAUUGAAUAAUAGCAAAUGAGACCGAAUUGCCAAAUGUAAACUUUUUUUUUUUGUUGUUGUUGCAUCUUUAUUCAUUUAUAAUUCUCUAAAAAGUAUUUGAAAUCAAAACUAGCACCGGUCGGUUAUCGGCCAUUUUGACAUUAUCGCCAAAUAUAAGUCUAUCACUACUCACAGAAUCAUUUUGAUGUCCCUCCUCAGAUCCAUCCAUACGUCUUCAUUACUAAACCACGUCAACGUCAGUCAAUACUCACACCUUACAGUAUUUACUAAGGCUAAGAGUCCCCACUUCUCAUGCAGUUACUAAAAAGCUACAGAGUUCAUCUUUUUUGUUUCAUUUUUUAGAAUUUGCUUGUUAAUUUUUUGCUUUUUAACUUUUUUUGUUGCUUUGCCGGUAUAUUAAAGUGUAAUCAUGUACGUUGUGAUAUAGAAAUAGCUGUAGAGACGCAUUGUUUCCUUGUGGUAAGUGACUGAGAUGCUGCCACGGAUUUGAGACACUGAUGAAUGGUGCUAUUUUGGACUUUAAUCUGCUCCUUGGUAAGGAAGCUCAGAUGGGUUUUAUUUUAUAUUUUCAUGUUGAGAAGAGGUGUUGGUUCUUUAUUGUCUGGUUGUCGUAACUCGGAUCGACUUUAUUCCCCCUUGUUGUUUCUGUGUGGCUUUCUCAUUGGACAGAAAAACAGAUUUGCUGAAGAGUUGGUGUUUUGUUUCCUUUCAUUUUUUUUUUUUUUCGUCUCAGAUGAUUAUUUGCAAAAUAAUUCUGAAACUACAGACAGCCGGAGCAAUCACAAAACUGCAAUUAUUAACACUAUAUUUACCCUUUAAUGUAAAGGUUUAAUUCAAGGAGUAGUUACAGUUCCUGGAACUAGUCACUUCAGGCAAUAGCAAACUCAGUCUAGAUCUCAUACUUAAAGCACAGAGUACCUUACGGAGUGAAUCUCAUGUUUUUGUUGAGCAGUGAGUUCCUUAAAUACAUCAAGGACGCAUUCAAAUCAAUGCAGGAUGUUGUUGAGGGUGACGGUUAGCGGUGCAACGAAUCACUAAACUCGCGGUUCGGAUCAAAUUAGGUUUUUUUGUUUGUUUGUUUUUUAAUGUAACUUUGCCCAUUUUAAGUACUUAGAUAAUAAAUAAUUAAAGAAAAAUAUACAAAGAAUAUGAAGUUACAAAUAAAGUAAGGUCUAACAGCAGUAUUCAGGUACAGAAAUUUAAUCAUUAAAUGUAAAAUAACACUAUAGUCUUCACUGUAUAAAUUAUAUAUAGAUUAAUCUUUGUUAAAGAUGUGUUUUGUUGUUGAUGACAGCAUAUUUAUAGGCUGCUGUCACUUUAAGAGCUAAUGAACGGAUGCUAUAUAGCUAUUUAGCAAUAUAGAACCGUUUACAUUCACUUAAGACAUAACCGACUGAGUUUACGAGAAUAUUUGCCGAGACGGGUACUUUUAACACAAUUUUGUGCGUAUCUGUCCUUUCAAGCACAAGGAGACGUGAAAAAUAAAUCAAUUCGGUGUUCGCGCGCUAUCUAAAACGCGCCUCUGUGUGUGUGCGCGCGCGCGCGAUCGACUUCUCUUUAGCCUGUUCGUGCUCUCGAAUGGUUUAAAAUCGCUCGAAUGUCCAAAUUGUCAAGAAAAAACAUGUGGAAAUGAUAAACUUUAUGAUGGUUAAACUUAGCAAUUAAUCCGUGAAUCACAUGCUUGCCGAACCGUGAGGCGUGGUCCGUACGGAUCAACUGCGAUCCGUUGCACCGCUAGUGGCGGUGGUAUAUAUAUAUAGCUAUUACACACACCAGGGCAGCUGAGGUCAGAUUUAUCAUCCGCCGUAUCCUACACCAGCUAGGAACGUCUAAUAAGUACAAAAACACUCAUCCGUUUAGAGCACGGUGUCCUUCGAUGUAUUUUCCAAGGCAAAAAAAUGUAGCAUCAAAACCAACGGUCUCACUUAGAUUUUUAGCAACCGCUCUUGUAAAUGAGUUUUAUGGGUUUUAGGAAAAGAACCAAAAGCUUUAUAUUUAUUCUUUUGGGUGAUUCAUUUAAGUAGCACGGGGUCUUCACUCAGUAUUUGCAGUUUUGUCUUUGCUUCCAGUUCACAUACUUCUAACAAUCCUAAUUCAAAGACCAACUGGAAAGCCCACGUUAGUUUCUUAGUCUUCCAUUUUUUCCACUACACUGGGGACCUUCCCAGCUUGCUCUAGUCCUUCCUUAGUGCUUACUGCGUAUCGACCGCAUGCUCUCCGCUCUUCCUUUUGUUUCUGAUCUGAAUAAUUCUCCUCGCAGUUUCUUCUCAUAGAUUAGGUAUAUGCCAACUGUGUUGUAAAUAGCCAGCGAAUAGCUUUGUCGUAUGUUGAAUUAUUCUGUAAUAAUUGUGUAUGAUUGGUGUACAAAACAUGAAGUCGAGCCUCGUCAUCUUUUUAAAAGAUGAACUGGUGUUUCAUGUCAUUUUGCAACUUAAGCUGUAGUUGAAUAAAUAUGCAAGCUCUCACUA